UUUUAAGAAAAAAAAGUAUACCAAGGGUUAUUUUUUUUUAUUAUUCGAGGAACAAAAAAAAAGCAAAGUAUUUUUUUAUUUUUUUAAGAACCAGGAUUCGAAAAGAACUUUUUUAAAAAAAUUUGCAAAAAAUAAUAAAAAUGACUUCACACGAAACACGCUCUUCAUAUAACACAAGGACUAAUAAUAACAAAAGCUCUUCUUUUGAACAGAAUAACGAUAUUAAAAAACUCAAGUCAAAAUAUUCUUCAAAGUUACCUACUCUUAAAGUUCUAUUCUCUGACUGGUCAGACGAUGACCUUUUAUUUGUAUUGGAAGAAGCUAAUGGUGAUCUUGAUUUAACCAUAGACAGAAUUAGUGAAGGACACGCUAGUCAAUGGGGUGAAGUAAAAACCAAGAAAUCCAAAAAAGAAGCACAAAAAGCAAAAGCAGCUGCUGCGAGCAGUGGUACACAUCAACAACAACCUAUUAGUACUUCCACUACUACAUAUCGUGAUAAUAAAAUUACACAACAACAAAGGCCAUAUAAUAAUGACCGAGUCACUCGACCCGGAAAAGUAUCAUCAAAUACUUCACGUACACGCACACCAAAGUCAAACUCUAUUCCAUCCGCGUCUUGGGAUACUCAACCUAAAUCAAAUCAUCAUGAAGUGUCCUCUGGCUCUUGGGCAUCUAUUGCAUCUUCAAAGCAAAAUCAAGAUAGUCUUCUUCAUGACGACAGCUGGAUUACUAGUAAUGAAACUGCACCUAAUGUAACUGACGAUUGGGCUCCUAUUUCCUCAUCAUCAACAACUGCACAUACUGACUCUAAUAAUGAUACCGAAGAUAAGCCAAAGACUUGGGCAAGUCUCCUCAAAUCGAAGCCUAAACCUGAACCUGAACCUACUCAACAUGAUACUACUACUACUAAUACAACCGAAAAUAAUACUACUCUAAAUGAAUGGGAAACAUCUAACACAAAUGCUACAAAUGAUUUUAAUACUACUGCCGGAUCAGAUAACUGGAAUACUUCAAAUGAACCUCCUGUGGUGGACGAAUGGUCUACUCCUAAAUAUGAUUCUACUCCUGCUGAGCCUACUAAAACUACUAGUGGAUGGGAUGAAUCUUCAGAAAAGAAAGAAGAAGAUGAAAAUAAGGCCGAAAGUAUAGAAAAGAAAGAAGAGCAAGGUCAAGAAAAGACUGCAAAUGAAUCUGGCAUGAAUAGCCGUCUCCUUAACCAAGAAGAACCUGUAGUGUUACCUAAUACUUCUUCCUCAGCUGUUUCUUCUUUAGAUGUCAAAUUUGGUUCAUUAAACGUUGACGAAGAAUCUAAUACUAAUAAUGAAGAAAGUAUUAGUGCAAAGGAUAUUACAAAUGCUGCUACUACCACUUUACUUACUGCUGAAGAACCCGUUACACAAACCACCUCUACUGAUAAGAAUUCUACUCCUGCUACAGCCACUAUCACAUCUUCAGCUCCUACUGCUCCAGUUGCUAUAACCACCACUCCCACUACUACUACAGCAACAACAACAACAACACCCGCUACUGCUGCUCCCACUACUAAUGAUAGCUAUAAUCAAACUUCUACUUAUCUUAAGCAAGAACAAUCCGUUUAUCCAACUUCUACUACUACUACUACCACCGCCGCCACUACCACCACCACUGCUGCUGCUGCUGUUGGCACAGCCACUGCAGCUCCCUCCACCACUGGUAUUCCCCAACAACACAUGCUUCAUCAACAACAAACAAUGCCUCAACAGCAUUUUGGUAUGGAUCAUCUUACAUCUGCCUAUAGCUCUUAUUUGCCCAAUCAACCUCCGACUGGUAUUUCAGGUUUCGGUAUGAAUCCUAUGGGUAGCUUACCCGAAUAUGGUAUUUAUGGUACUGAAGCUCAAAGAGCUGCUGCUAUGGGUUAUUAUGAUCCCACUGCUUUUACUCAUUCUCCUUCUGUUACAUCCGCUAGUGUUUAUCAAAGUCGUGAUAAGUAUGGUCAUGAUGCUACUGGACUCCACGGACAAGGACAAAGCCAAAGUAUACCACAACAACAAAUGUAUGCAAAUCUCCCUUAUUACCAAUACUAUUAUAUGCCCAGCCAAUUUAAUGCCUAUCAGCAAUCUGCUUAUAGUCAACAUUUCAUGAGUAAGAGCAUGUAUCCCACUAGCAUGUACCAACAAGCACAACAACAACAACAACCUAAUAAUAAUAAGCCUACUACAGCAACCGCUGCUGCUGCUGCUUCUCCUUAUGCUACUGCAUCACCCUAUGGUCAACAAUCCCAACUCUAUAACCAUCAUCAAUACGAUGAUCUUCAACAAUUAGGAGGCAUGGGAGGUUUAAAUGAUUAUCAAAAAUCCAUGUAUGGUAAUACCAUUGGUGGUGGACAACAACAACAACAACUUCAGGGUUUUCUUGGUAAUUUAAAUCAACAACAACAACAGCAACAUCAACAACAACAACAGCAGCAACAACAACAACAACAGCAACAGCAGCAUCAGCAACAACAAACUCAACAACAAACUCAACCAUCAUCACAACAACAAGGACAAAAAGCAUCUAAUAAUCCUACAACAACUUCAUCAAACCCUAACCCUACUACCACUAACAACAACACGAAUCCAAAUGUGAAUACUCCUCAACAACAACAACAUCAACAACAACAACAUCAACAUCAUCAACCUUAUAUGGGUACUAAUUAUUUUGGUCAACCUCAAAUGUUCUCUUAUGGUCAAUAUCCCUAUCAACAAAUGCCUCCUCAACAGCAACAAUCUCAACAACCUACUCGUCAACAAUAUUGGAAUCAAUAAAUAAAUAAAUGGAAAAAAAAAAUAAAAAAAAAAGAGGAUAGAA